AACAUUGCCUUCUAUAUAAAGUUGUUCUCCAAGCACUCGCUGUUGGCCUUUUCAUAUACAUCAUCUGUUCACUGUCACAAUCCGUUAAAUAUUAUGUCAAGUGUUCAUUUUUCGUCUUGGGCGCAAUGUUCUCCGCCGCAGUACUUCCAAUUCCUAGUCUUUUAGUGUAUCCCAUUCGUGAUCCAAGGAUUGGCUUAGUUCCAGCUUUGGGCACACGCUUCAUUAUGUGGCUGAUGGGACUUACUUAUGAAGUGAGAGGUGAACAGCACAUAAAUAGGGAAAAAGGUGGCGUCAUUGUGAUCAAUCACCAAAGCGGCAUUGACUUAGCCAUUAUCGCCCGAAUAUGGCCACUAAUUGGACGUGGAACGACCGUCGUUAAAAAGUUCGUUCUCUAUGUAUUCCCGUUCGGACCGGGUGCUUGGUUGUGGGGAACGCUAUACAUUGACCGGAAAAACCACAAAGACACUCUCGUCAAAUUGGACAAAGAAUGUGAUGCAAUCAAAAUGCGUUCGAACAAAAUCGUGAUAUUCCCGGAAGGAACGCGGUCGCAGGAAGACGAACUGUUGCCGUUCAAAAAGGGACCGUUCCAUAUUGCAAUCCAAAGUCAAAGUAUGAUUCAACCGAUAGUUGUAUCCAAAUAUCAUUUCCUCAGUGAUAGAAGGAAGGUGUUCGGAAGAGGACAUACCAUUAUAACCGUUCUACCAGAGAUAUCCUGUGAAGGACUGACUAAAGACGAUCUACCUCAAUUGUUAGAAAGAACUAGAAAUUUAAUGCAAACUACAUUUACCGAUACGAGUAAAGAGACGAAACAUUCCGCUGUCAGUUAAAAGUUAAAUUUGCGAAAAUCUUUUUAGAUAAAUUUUGUUAACUAAAAAUUUUGUUACACCUCUGUAUACACGAGACAUAUAAUAUAAGACGAGUUGUUAUAAAA